ACAGUUCGCGCCGCUUACAGUUUACUCCUCCACAUAUAUAAUAACAAUAAUAAUAAAAAAUAUUAACACUACACAAUAAACUCGUGCAUUGUCAUCGGGUCGUCGGCACAAUUUAUCGCUCGCAAUUUAAUUUUAUUACCGUGGUCUGUUUUUUUUUUUUUUUUUUUUUUUUUCAAUCACUCGAUAUUUUAUUUAAAUUAAUCUUAUUUUUAAUGUGACAAAUUAAGGAAAGAAGACUAUGCGAGAUUGCGGAUUAUGAGGUGCAAUUAAUGAGGAAGGAGAAUAAUAAAAUUGUAAAUAAAUUAACGAGCACGGAAGUUUAAGAUUGCAAUGGAUGAAACAUCUAAAGGUCUGGAGGCUAAUGUAUGUAUCGUACCUUUUGGACACGCGACUAGGAUGCCUCCGGUCGAUAUCGAGUUCUGCGAUCUUACGUAUUCAGUACCUACGGGUAGAAAAGGUAAAAAAUUAAUUUUACGAGGAGUCAGUGGUCAAUUUCGGUCGGGUGAGCUCACAGCAAUUCUCGGGCCAUCAGGAGCUGGGAAAUCAACGCUCUUAAAUGUCCUCGCCGGUUAUAAAUGUCUAGAAAUCGGAGGACUUAUUACGAUCAACGGUCAACCACGCGAGUUACGCGAAUUCAAGAAGAUGUCCUGUUACAUUAUGCAAGAAGACCUUAUACAGCCAAAGUUAACAGUCAUUGAAUCCAUGCACUUUGCUGCUGAUCUUAAACUUGCUAAUAAUGUUACUGAAUGCACGAGAAACUCUAUUGUAGAAGAAAUAUUAGAAACAUUAAGACUGAACAAUGCUAAAAACACAAUCUCUGAAAAAUUAUCUGGCGGUGAAAGAAAAAGAUUAUCUAUUGCAUUGGAACUCAUUAAUAAUCCACCGGUUAUUUUUUUAGAUGAACCCACUACAGGUUUAGAUGAAAUGUCAUCAAUGCAGUGUAUAGAUUUAUUACAGAGGGUCGCACAAGGAGGAAGAACAGUAGUUUGUUCAAUUCAUACUCCCAGUGCAAGUAUUUUUUCAAAAUUUCAUCACGUUUACGUCGUCGCUGACGGACAAUGUGUUUAUAGAGGAUCCGUCGACGACCUUGUUCCUUAUUUUGAGGACGUAGGAAUUGAAUGUCCUAAACAUUACAAUCCUGCUGACUUCGUAAUUGAAGUGUCCAGUGGGGAAUAUGGCGAGGGGUUUGUAGAUAAAAUGGUAAAAACAGUAGAAAAAAAAUUUCCACUGCAACCGAUAGAAAAAAAAAAAAAUCCAUAUAAUAAUUAUGAAUUUUUAAAACAAAAGAAAAUGAAAGCCUCAUGGAAAUUGCAGUUCAUUACGUUAUUUAAGCGUAUGAUGCUACAGCAUUAUCGUGAUCGUAACUAUAUGUAUUUAAAAAUAUCACUACAUAUAUUUCUGGGAUUAGUAAUCGGUGGGCUAUUUCUUGGUACCGGAAAUGAUGGUUCCAAGACACUGUUUAAUUUCGGUUUUUGUCUAGCCUGCCUUAUCGUAUUACUGUAUGUUCCAAUGUUACCGAUAUUAUUACACUACCCUACACAAGUACAAUUAGUCAAACGCGAGCAUUUUAACAGAUGGUACAAUCUCAGCCCCUAUUUUAGUGCCUUGACAAUGGCGACAAUUCCUGCACAGCUGAUAUUAAGCUCAAUAUAUCUAUCAAUGGUUUAUCUAAUAUCAGGACAACCAUUAGAACUUUAUAGACUCGCAAUGUUCUUCAGCACGUGUUUUGUAUGUGCGUUUAUCGCUGAAAGUAUGGGAUUUGCGAUAGCCAGCACACUCAGCAUUGUGAAUGGAAUGUUUGUCGGACCAGCGAUAACGGUCCCGCUGAUGCUGGUUGCAGUUCAAGGAUUAGGAAGUCCCGAUCCUCUACCAAUUUAUCGUACACUUGUUAUGUAUUCAAGUUACAUAAGAUAUGGUCUUGAAGCUCUUAUAAUUUCAACUUAUGGAUACAAUCGCGAGAAAUUACCGUGUCCUCGGGAGGAAGAUUAUUGUCAUUAUCGUGUGCCGCGUGAAUUACUACGAGCUAUGGGAAUGGAAAAUUGUGUUUUUUGGGUUGACUUUGCAGCACUUGUUGGAAUUUUAAUUUUAUUUAAAACGAUUGCGUUUUAUUUAUUAAGACAGCGAUUGCGGCCUAAUAAAACAUUUCGUGCCUUACAUCUCUUUGGAAGACUUAUUAAAAAUCGUUUAAGUAUUGAAUAAAUAUAUGAAAAUAUUAUUAUUUUAUAAUGUAGUGAUAAAUAUGUUGAUAAAUAUUUUUUUUUUAAAGUUAAUGUAAAUUAUAUUGAAUUAUUAUGGACUGAUUUAU